AUGUCUCGCUCCAGCCGAGUUGGCCGAGUUGCCCGAGUUGUUUUUGUUGGUUUUCUUGUUGCUCUGCUGGUCAAAUGGGCACCGCUGGACUUCUCGGUGGCGCGCAAGGGCACCGCACCAGCAGCUCUUCAGGCCGCGCCAGAGUUGGGCUUUGGAAAGUACCGCGAGAAAACGAUUCUGGAUGUGGUGAACGAGGAUCCAGACUAUUGCAGAUGGAUAGUGGAUACAUACAAUUCUGCUCCUGAUGAUUGCACCGAAAAGUUGAAGAUUGCGGCAGAGUGGAUCCAGGAAAACAAUCCUGAGAUCAAUGAGGGAAGACUCAUGGGCUUUGGGAAGCACAGGAGCGAAACGAUGGAGUGGGUCUACGAAAACGAACAAGACUAUACAGCUUGGGUCAUGUCAAAGUUUAAGGAAGCAGACAAUGACCACGGCGGCAAAUUGGCAGCCUUUGCCAGAUAUGUCCUUGAGCGUCAAGAAAACGAGGAAUGA